UCGCGUUCAACCUAUAAAACUGAAGUGCACUAUAUCGCUCGUAGCGGUCGUCACCUAGCUAUUGAGCAGCGCCUCACCAAGUCACCAUUGCCCCAUAUCCGUCGGCCCACAUCAACUAUACCUUUCCGUUCGAGUAGAAGGGCACAUGGCAUCACAUUGCGCGGUCGGUCUCUCUUCAGGCUGCCUAGCAGGACCUUCUGAAGUGGCAUCCACACGACGGGUGGCGUCUCGAAUCCACCAGUUGCUGGCCCCAAAGCUCCUACAUCCGCACCCACACGCGCUCGCCCAGCCUUCGCGGCCAGGAUUACCACUCUCGCAUCCACGCGCCGCUAACAACUCAAGCUCCUCCACACUUCAAACAUCAGCAGCUUCAACAACAACCCAACCACCUACCUCUCCCUCACCAACCACAACCAGCAGCAGCAACCCCAGCAGCAGCAGCAGCAGCCCCUCUCCGAGCUCCGAACCCGCCGCCCCAUCCACACACACCCCUUCCCGUCUGACCACCUGGCAAUACUCCAAGCUAGCCGACCCGGGGUUCGCUCCUUGGUUCCUGGGCCUUGCCUUCCUGCCGUUUCUGCUGCUGCUGGUGCCGCUUCUGAGCUCUCCACCCAUGCCUCCGGUUGCGGCACCGUAGCCGCAACACCCCGCCUUCGAGGGGAGUCAAGAGGAGAAACCAACCAGUUCAAAUGGUAUCGAAGGGGACAGGAAAAAGAGGAGUGCACGGUAGAUUGCUGGGUGUAGCGUGCUGGGAGCAUAUUAGGGGAAGGUGCCAAUGGUGACAUGCCAGGGUCGCUCGGAUGCAAGGUGGGGUGCACGGUGGGGAAAGGGAGGAGGAUCUGCGGCGAUCGGAGCAGCAACGGAGUCUCUUGCUGAGGGCGGCGACUGGAUGGCAGCAGCGUGGGGUGGGGUGGGUGGGCUUCGCGUAUAAGGUAGCCGUUGUAGGGUUUAAGAAUGAGAUAUCUGAGAUCUGUGCUAAAUCAUCGAAUCGAGAUCAUCGAAUGUAGAGACGCGGCUGGACUUAUCCCGAGUGCUGCAUGCCUGUUGUGUCGCUUACCGGUGUUCCUCUUAAACCGGUAGUUGAGCAGUGCGCAGCGGCCUGGAGAGCGGGGACGAAGGUCGGAUGCGACAGCGGAUGGAAGUGGACGUAUGCAUUGUAAGGAGCACGCAUCUCGAGUGGCUACAU